AUGCAUCGGUACACGGACACCUUCCUCUUUCACCUUUAUCACAUGCGAAAGGUUUUUUGUGUCCCUUCUCACCUCUCACCAGGGGCCUUGGCUGGAGGUAUAGACAUUGCUGCCCAUUGGAUGACGGACCUUAAAGAGGGUGUGUGCCUGAACGGGUUCUGGUUUAAUCACGAGCACUGCUGCUGGGCGUCCAAUGAGACCACUUUCCAGGAAAGAGACAAGUGUCCCCAGUGGAAAAGCUGGGCAGAACUCAUGGAUGGAGUCAGUGAGCAUGGCAGGGUAAAUGUGCUGAAUCAUUUCAUGUAUGUGAGCUGGGCCCUUCUCUUCGCCUUCCUGGCUGUGAUUCUUGUGAGAGCCUUCGCCCCUUAUGCUUGCGGUUCAGGAAUACCAGAGAUUAAGACCAUCCUGAGUGGCUUUAUAAUUCGGGGUUACCUGGGGAAGUGGACUUUGAUCAUAAAGACCAUCACACUGGUGCUGGCCGUCUCGUCUGGCCUCAGUCUUGGGAAAGAGGGUCCGCUGGUUCAUGUAGCCUGCUGCUGCGCAAACAUCCUAUGCCAUUUCUUCACCAAAUACCGUCGAAAUGAGGCCAAGAGACGAGAGGUGUUGUCUGCAGCAUCUGCAGUGGGAGUGUCUGUAGCGUUUGGUGCUCCUAUUGGAGGGGUGCUUUUCAGUUUGGAAGAGGUCAGCUACUACUUCCCUCUGAAGACUCUGUGGCGUUCGUUCUUCGCUGCUCUGGUUGCAGCAUUCACCCUUCGCUCCAUUAAUCCUUUCGGCAACAGCCGAUUGGUCCUUUUCUACGUGGAGUUCCACACUCCCUGGCAUCUUCUAGAACUCAUACCUUUUGUGCUUCUGGGCAUCUUCGGUGGCCUUUGGGGGGCUUUCUUUAUUCAUGCUAAUAUUGCUUGGUGCCGUCUCCGUAAGAACACCCGCCUUGGCCACUAUCCUGUCAUUGAGGUUCUGGUGGUCACCCUGCUCACAGCGUUGCUGGCAUUCCCAAUCGAGUACACUCGGAUGAGCAGCAGCGAACUGAUCUCUGAGCUGUUUAAUGACUGUGGUCUGCUGGACUCAUCAAAACUCUGCGACUACACCGGCAACAGUGGAAGCACAUCUGGAAGUGUUAAUGCCACUGCCGCUAAUGGUCUGGGGGCUCGGCUGGCAGGGCCAAAACUCUAUACAGCUAUGUGGCAGCUAGCUCUUGCACUGGUCUUUAAGAUGUUCAUCACUGUGGCUACAUUUGGCAUGAAGGUGCCAUCUGGUUUAUUCAUCCCUAGUAUGGCGGUGGGGGCCAUAGCAGGCAGACUUCUUGGAGUGGGCAUGGAGCAGCUAGCCGUACACAACCACGAACGGGACAUUUUCAGAGGCUGGUGCUCUCCAGGGGCAGACUGCAUCACGCCGGGCCUGUACGCCAUGGUGGGCGCAGCAGCCUGUCUGGGUGGUGUGACCCGUAUGACAGUCUCUUUGGUGGUCAUUAUGUUUGAGCUGACAGGAGGUUUAGAGUACAUUGUGCCCCUCAUGGCUGCUGCCAUGACCAGCAAAUGGGUCGCUGAUGCUCUGAGUCGCGAGAGCAUCUAUGAAGCCCACAUCCGCCUCAAUGGUUACCCUUUCCUGGAGGCCAAAGAAGAAUUCCGCCACAAGACUCUUGCUACGGAUGUAAUGCGGCCGCGGCGGAGCGACCCACCGCUGUCUGUGCUGACGCAGAGCGGAAUGACCGUAGAGGAGGUGGAGAGACUCAUCUCAGAUACCACCUACAGCGGCUUUCCUGUGGUUAUCUCACAGCAGUCUCAGAGAUUGGUGGGCUUUGUGUUGAGGAGGGAUCUGUUCAUAUCCUUAGAAAAUGCACGGCGGCAUCAGGAUGGUGUGGUCAGCGUGUCUGCCGUCCUGUUCACUGAAUGUGAAUCACCCGCGUCACCCAGCGCUCCUCCUGCAGUCAAACUGCACAGCAUCUUGGACCUCAGCCCCUUUACGGUCACUGUGCACACGCCCAUGGAAAUCGUGGUGGACAUUUUCCGCAAGCUUGGCCUGCGGCAGUGCCUCGUCAUUCGGAACGGGCGUUUGCUGGGAAUCAUCACUAAAAAGGACAUUCUUAAACACAUGGCGCAGAUGGCCAACAGAGACCCGGAAUCAAUCCUCUUCAACUAAAAUACUCUCAAGACUGAAUGGACAGGAUAAACUCACUCCUACACACACACACACAGACAGAGACAGACACACAGACAGACAGACAGAGAAUCAUCCUGCGAUGAUGAUGACAGUGGUAGGACUGUGUGUGUCACUGAGUUGUUGCUAUUAUAGAGUGGUCUGAGAGUAGCCUAAGGCAGCUUUUUGCAGCUCCAGAACUGGACAUGUUCAGACAGGAGCUGUUUAGCCUGUCCAGAGGCUACAGAGACAGUAAUGUGAAAAAUGCUGUCCUCUCACACCUCAUAUAAGACCUGAUCUGAAUUGUUGCCAUCAGGACUUGCUGCAUGUGGCCCAAAUGCUUUUCCUGCCUGCACGUAUAUUUAAAUUUGGAGAUUGACGAUGACUUUGUGUGUUCUUUAUUCGUUUAUGGUGCUUUACUCUACUAAAAGUAGCUUGAACUAGCUUUACAUGGUUGCUAGUCUCAGGCUGGUCUGGGUUGUUGGUUUUGGGGAGUUUUGGGUAUUUAUCAGGCUGGUAGACCAACUGACUGAGACCAGCCAACAAAGAGUAGCUUAAGCUAUUUUUUUUAGCAGGAUUUCCAUCCCCAGAGUGACGUUUGACCUCGAGAGGAACUUCAGAAGGGUGAGAACAUUCCUGAGAUGAUCUGGGGAACGUGCGUUAAGGGUGUCUUGUCUGAACCUGCGCGUGUCGAGCGAUCCCUGUGGGAAGAUGUGCCGCCUUUUGUAGAAGUGCAGUGAGAUUUGGUGUAUCAUGUUGAGAAGUCAUACAGACGCACUUACUUUUUUCUCAUUUAUGCAUACUAGCAAAACGCCGUCAGUAGUGCCGUUCCUCUAUUUCUCACUUUAAAGACUUUGAGAAGGAAGUUUUGAAGAUAACAUGCCACUCUUGAAGUGUUUAUAUAUGACUUCAACCGGACAGAAGCCAAUGUUGAUUUUUAUUGUGGAAGGUGCCUUUAAGGAAUGGUUCAUGCAAAAAUUCUGUAAUUUACUCACCCUUCGUUCCAAACCUGUAUGAUUCUUUUUUUCUUCUGUGAAACCUAAAAUAAGGCAUUUUGUGAGAGAGUCUUAGUGUUUUUUUUGUCGAUUACAGUGAAAACCAAUAGUAACAAACUGUUUGGUUACCAACAUUCUUCACAAUCUGUUCUUUUGUGUUCUGCAGAAGAAUAAAAAGUCUAUAAAGUUUUGGAACAACACGAGGGUGAGAAAACCAAUGUCAGGAUUUUCUUUUUGGUAUGAAAUAUGCCUUCAAUAGUUAUGUCUUUCUGCCAUUACAACAAGCUAUUUGGUCUUACCAGUGGCAUAUGAUUUCCAAAAAGUUUGUAGUGGCUGCUAAACAACCAAUUUCCACUCAGCUUCCCAAGUGAACCAAGCUGCAGUUCCCGCGUGGGACCACCAGGUGGCACUAUCUCACAGACUGUUCAUUAUGGACAUUGUGCGCCAUCUGAUUGAUUCUUGGCCCGGUUCACUUGCUGGGUGUGUUGUGGCAUUCUCUCAUGUCAUUACAAUUGGGACUCCUUACAUUUCCCCUGACAUCUUUAUGCUCAUAUUGGGCACCUGGGCCCCUCCAUUCCUUCAUCCAUCACCCUCACUAUCUUUCUCAUGUAACCACGCUGUCAUCCUCAGACAACCUCAGCGAAGCAUCUCCAGGCAACUCCCUUGUUUGUCCGUGAGGACCCAAUCAUGACAUAACAAGAUCCUCCCUGUAAUGAAAGGGCUAAACUAGUACUGCAGUCCCCUUCCUUGGCAUACUUGCUCGACUUUUUGUCUCUACGCAUUUUAAAACCUCCACCCUCCAGUCCAGUGCAUGCCCGCAUUGGCAUUUGGGUUGUUUAUGACCUAUUAAAGGCAUUUGAUUCUUUUCAUGCCUGUUCUAAACGCUCUCUUUCCCUACUCGCUGUAAUUCCCGGGAGUUGGAUUAGGGGCAGGGAGGUGGUGGAGGGCUAUUGUUCCCAUUCACUCCUGCUCGUCUGGGCUCCCAGUCGCCAGGAUGUCCCCCGACCGUUUCCCUCAAGCACCGUCACGCAGCCCCGA